AUGUCUCUUUUGGUAAAGUACGAGCAUCAUGUUGCUCGACAUUUAUGGUUUGGUGAGGAGAGAGGUCUGAAGAAAGAAUUGAAGGUUGCUGGACACAGGCUUAAGCUGACAUUGAGGGUUCCACAAGCUCUUCCAGAACAAAUGGAAAGUUGGGUUUCUAGGUCUGGAUUAUCUUCACUUCAGAGAACUAGUUUGACGAAGAUAGAUACAAACAUGGUAUCCGCAUUUGUGGAGAUAUGGCAUCUAGAGACAUCUUCAUUUCACAUGUCGUUUGGUGAGAUGAGCAUUACUCUGGAUGACAUCUCUUGUCUGCUUAACUUACCCAUCAAGGGUGUGUUUUGGAGCCCUCAAGAUGUCACUGAAGAGGUUGCUAUUGAACUUGUUGUUAACUACUUAGGAGUGUCACAGAGUGAGGCACAUGCACAUGUUCGUAGCUACAAGGGUUAUUGCUAUAAGUUGGAGUGGUUAUACGAUUUAUUCAUAGCGCAUAAAGUUGCUUCUAGCUGGGCAUAUGCAACUAGAGCGUAUUUGCUGAUAUUGGUGGGUUCCAUAACAAUUUCCGAUAAGACCUUUACACUUUGCCGACAAGGUAACCCAUAA